UUUUGAAUAAUUUUGAAAAAAAAAACGUUGAAAACACUCAUUCAUUCACAGAUGGACAGAGAGGUUUGACCAGAUCAUCCUGAAGGUAUUUUUACCUGCAGUCCUGCUUUAAGCUGCAGGUUGGACGCUGCUGUCGCCGCUGGAUGAGGGGAAUAACAGAUGGCUGGAAUGAGGAAGAGGUUCGUGUCCUCCUCAGCUGAAGAAGACGAUACAACCCCCUGGGAGAAUCUUCACCUCUCCGAUUUGGAUCCGGCCACCGAACAGGAACAUCCCUAUGCAUCUCUGCUCCACUGCCACCGAAUCCAAGACUCUCUGCUGAGCUCCAACAGCAACUUCACCGGAUACAGAGGCGUCCUGAACUGGAUUAUCAUCCUCCUCGUCCUGACUCAUGCCCACCUGUUCUUAGAGAAUUUUAUACAACAUGGCUUUUUGAUAGAUGUCAGAAAGAUUUUGGGCCAUCUGAUUGAGGACAGCUUCAACUGGCCAUCUGUUAACCUCAUAUUGGCUGCCAACCUAUUUGUACUGGUAGGAUUUUACUUGGAGAAAUCUCUAGAAAGGGGAGUCCUGUCCUCCACACACGGCCAUUGUUUACAUAUGAUAAAUCUGGGAUUCCUUCUGCUGUGUCCUGCUGUGGUCAUUGCCUGUGAGCCAAAAAUAUCAGCCGGUGGAGCAUUCUUCUCUCUCUGGUUCUACAUCAUUCUAGGAAUGAAGCUUUAUUCUUACCAGGAGACUAACUUCUGGUACCGCUUGGUUGAUUCAGAGAAGGACCUGGAUGGAUCUGUUGGCCAAACAAAUCUGACACUAGGAGAUCUGUAUUAUUUCCUCUUUGCUCCGACUCUGUGCUACCAGAGAGAUUUCCCUUUCACUCCAAAGAUCAGCAUCAAUAAGCUGUUCCACAGGCUGCUGGAAAUGGUGGUGGUUAUUCAGAUCAUGGUUGGCAUUGUGCAACAGUGGAUUGAGCCAAUCUUCCAGAGAUCAGAUAAUCCAUUUUCUGGCAUAGACAUCACCUUAAGAGUGGAGCACCUUGUUAGCCUGGCUGCACCGACACAUUUCCUGUGGCUUCUCUUCUUCUUUUUGAGUCACUCCUGCCUAAAUUUCUCCGCAGAACUGCUUCGCUUCGGGGAUCGACAUUUUUAUGGAGACUGGUGGAAUGCUCCAAAUUUAAUCACAUUCUGGAAGAACUGGAAUAUUCCCCUUCAGAAAUGGAGUCACAGGCAUUUAUGUUCGCAACUGGUGGAUAGGAAGGUUUCCCCCUCACAAGCGGAGCUUCUGGUCUUCCUCGUGUCUGCUGCUCUCUUUGAGUACCUGAUUGCUCUUCCUCUGCACAUCUGUCAUCUGUGGAUUUUCCUCAUGAUGGUAUUAGAGCUCUUGGUUGCAGUGUUCCUUGGAAGCUAUUUCCAUGGAAAUUAUGGAAACGGUUUUGUGUGGUUGUGCCUGCUGCUUGGACCUCCUCUGGCUGUGACUACGUACUUCCACGAUCACUACAUCCUCUAAAACGUCAGAGAUUUCAGUGAUAAUAGGACAUUUUCCUGGAAAAACUUUUUAUUUUUAUUUUUUAAUGUAUAUUUUCUUUAUGUAUAUUUUACAGCUCCAAGCUGCAUAACACUGAAACUCUGUUGAAUCUGUCACAAAGACCUGAAGGAAAGGUAGUCCAACCCAGUACUAUCCAGGGAUAGCUAAUUAUGUGGCCGUUGAGUGUAUAUCUGCGUUCAAACCCUGAACAUGUUUAUAAAUUAUCUGAAUUUAUAUAGCGCCUUUUUAGUCUAGACCACCCAAAGCACUUUACUCUACAGCCACAGUCACACAGGUAACUUCAGGGGAUGUGCCUUGCCCAAGGGCAUAUUGACACAUGGGAGGAGGAAGCUGGAAUCAAACCCACAAUUUUUCAAAUGCAAGACAACUAUUCCGCCUACUAAGCCACUGUUGUCUCUAAUACAGGUUGUAUACUACUACGUGUGCAACUUGUUUACUGAGAAACUAACUUUCAGAAGUGAACAUCAACAGUUUAUUUCUACCAAUAUUAGUACAAUGUAUGUACAUUCCAGCAAUAUUGUUGGAUAUUGAGGUUGGGGUUUCCGGGACAACUCUGACAUUCUGUGUCAGAAUUCCGACUUCAGUUGAUUUUUCUGACUUCCAAGCACGAAUUGAACAUCCCAUUGAACUGCUUCCUUUCUAAUGCCUUGUAGCGGCUAGCUGUGUAGCAGUGCUAGCAUUUAGUGCUACAAACAAGUGCUAGUGCCGGCGGUCGAAUGUACAUAAAAGAUAAAAGGCAAGAGGAGAUUGUUUUGCAGCUUUAUAUUCUUCGUUUUACUGCUCACAGCAUUUUUUUGGCAUCUGUGCUUAAAAAACAAAAGUACCAUGCUCCUCACUGAUGCUUGUAUUGCAACCACCCUGUCCCCUGCUACAGCAUAGUGGCAUCCAAUAAAGUUUUAGAAUAAUUCCAAUAUUAAUCUUACUAAGCAAAAUAGAUGAGAUGUUAAAGCAAACUCCACUCAGAACAGGCCUCACCAUGGUCAAUCAAAGACUUUGACUACACAAGCUCAUCAUCAUAUCCGGAGGUUGCACUGAAAAUAGACGAAUGCAUGCUGCCAGCAUUGCUGCUAAGCCUGUCACUGCUCAGACCAUACGGCGCACACUGGCUGUCGUUCCAAAUGGAAGCCUCUUCUAAAGAUAAUGUACAAGGAAACCUGCAAACAGUUUGCUGAAGACAAGCAGACUAAGGACAUGGAUUACUGGUACCCGUCCUGUGGUCUGAUGAGAGCAAGAUAAACUUAUUUGUUUCAGAUGGUUUCAUGUGUGGCUUCAACCAAGUGAAGAGUACCAAGACAAGUGUGUUUUGCCUACAGUCAAGCAUGGUGGUGGGAGUGUCAUGAUUUGGGGCUGCAUAAAUGCUACUGGCAAUUGGGAGCUACAGUUCAUUUAUGGAACCAGGAAUACCAACAUGUACUGUGACAUACCGAAGCAGAGCAUGAUCCUUUCCCUUCGGAAACUGGGGCACAGGGCAGGACAUCCACCAGCUCUGUGAUGGCGUCAUGGAAGAGAAUUCCAGUAGCAACCUGUGAACAUCUAGUGAACUCCAUCUCCAAGAUAGUUAAGACAGUGCUGGAAAAUAAUAGCGGCCACACAAAAUAUUGACACUUUGGACAUAAUUUGGACAUUUUUACUUAGAGGUGUACUUACUUUUGUUGGCAGUGGUUUAGACAUUAAUGACUGUAUGUAAAGUUAUUUUAAAGGGACAGCAAAUGUACACUGUUGUAGAAGCUAUAUACCGACUAUGUUCAACCAGUGACAGUUGAGCUCAAUGUGAUUAUUUUAUGUGAGUAAUUAAUGCUUGCUAAUGGUUUAAUUUGAAAUAUUCCUGUUAUGAUCAUACUUUAUUGUGCCCAUUGUGUUUUUAUCUACAAAAGUAAAUAAUAUUCUUUGUAGUGUAUUUCAUGUGUUUACUGCAUUUUCAUCUUUUCUUACUGCACCUGGAAGAAAAGAUGAAAGUAGAAAGUCUCAAAAAUAAAAACUUUAGGUUGGAGAAACAAACUAUUUGUGAAAAUCUCCAAUUUCAGAAGGA